AUGUUAAAAUUCUUGUUCGUUGCCCCUCUUAUUGCUAUAUUAACCGUUCUUGUUACUGGUCUGCGAAUCAAGAUCCAAGAUUCCGUUGACUUUGUUUACGAUGAGUUCCAGCUUUCCAACUUGCCAAAUGAGGGGAAAAGGCUGAUUCAAACAAGUCCGUCCACGUCUGAAUGGAUGACUGAAGAGCAAGUUUUGGGCUUAAUUAGGAAAAACAUAAAAUUCAUGGACGUAACAGAUUACCGUUCUUUGGGAACACGAUAUAAGGCUUUUAAAAAACACGGCAGGUUUCAAUUCCCACUUAGCACUGCUUUUGAAGAUGAAGUCAUGCCUUUUAUUUAUAAACUUUCUACCGAACACAUGCAAAAAAACCUCGAGAAAUUCACAUCUUUUCGUAAUCGAUAUUAUCGCUCUAAAUAUGGUGAAGAAUCCUCUCAGUGGUUAUAUGAGCAGGUUGCCAACAUUGUUAAAGCUGCAAAUUAUUCGGAUCCAAUCCUAUCAGUUAAGCAAUUCUCACAUAAAUGGGGUCAAAAAUCUAUCAUUGCAAGAUUCCGAGGUUCUGAUGAUAGCAAGUCAAAUGAAGUGGUCAUUAUCGGAGCACAUCAAGAUUCGAUCAACAUGUGGAUGCCUAGUUUUGGCCGAGCUCCCGGAGCUGAUGAUGAUGGAAGUGGUACUGUUACGAUUUUGGAGGCUUUUCGUGUGCUAGCUGAAGGGCAAUUUAAGCCUUCGCGCCCUGUUGAAUUUCAUUGGUAUUCGGCGGAAGAAGGCGGUCUUCUGGGAUCUCAAGCAAUUGCUUCGCAUUAUGAAGAAGUAGAAAUAGACGUAAUUGCUAUGUUACAGAAUGAUAUGACAGGUUUUGUGGGUAAAAAGUAUCCUGAAGCGUUUGGAAUUGUCGUUGAUUACGUUGAUUCGGACUUAACCUCAUUCAUCAAGAAACUGAUUAAAUCAUAUGCAAAAAUACCUGCAAGAGAUACAAAAUGCGGUUAUGCUUGCUCUGAUCAUGCUUCGUGGAUAAAAGCUGGUUAUCCCUCUGCUUUUGCUAUCGAGGGUGCUUUUGAAGAUUCUAAUCCAUACAUCCACACUUCUAACGACAUUAUUGAUCACCUUAGCUUUGAACACAUGCUUGAAUUCUCAAAGCUUUCUGUCAGUUUUGCCGUUGAAUUGAGUCAUGUCUAA